AUGCCGACUCGACGAGCGGCGUCCUCGGGCUGCCAAAGCGUCGUCGCGGUGGCGCUGGGCGUUGCCUUCGUGGCCGUGCCCGGCCUGUAUUUUGAGUUUUACCUCACCGGCGGCUACAAAGAGAGCCCCGGCACUGGACCACUGGGCCGCGAGGUCAUCCAGGCGGCCGUGAAGCAGGUGGACCUGGCGACCUCACAGGCCUGGAGCGCAGUGCAAAGGACGGAGCCCCUGGUUGAAAUCCCUCCGGUCGUCAUGCCAAGCCAGCUCAGCGUGGCACAGCCAAUCAAGGCUCUCGCCCAAGCUGGGCCGCCUCCGCCAGCACCACCGCCAGCACUGCCGCCGGCGCCGCCCCCAGCGCCGCAGCCAGCGCCGCCACCAGCGCCGCCGCCAGCGCCGCCGCCGGUACUGAAUCUGCCAGAGGUUCCGGAUCCUUCUGCACAGGCCACUGGCGCUUACGUGGAGCAGCUCUUCGCAAAGAACCGAGAGUGCGCUGACCAGGCGAUGGAGAUAGGCAACCUCCCGACCGUACAGGCCUGUGACGAAGUGGUUGCGACGAAGCUUGAGUGCGGCCGCUACUUCAUGUUUAGCCACGCACAUCCAGACUGGAUUUGCCGCUGCUGCUCAGUCCACGGUGAGGAGGAAGGUCCGGCCUCAGAUCAGUGGAACGUCUUCAAGGCCCAGGUUCCGAGGGCUCCGGGUUUGCCCUUGGAGCCGCCCACGGCGCCCCCGGCGGAUCCUUUCGCCGGGCUUCCCAUCGCGCCAGGGCCAAGGCCCCAGUGGCUGGCGCGGAAAGAUGCACUGGUCAUCGAUGCAAGACCAGAGGAGCACGGCGGCAUCGUCAUCCUCCAGGCUGUCCUGAGCGAUUCGCAUGCCACCUGGGGCAACAGCAAGGAUGCGCAACGUCUCGAAGACCGACCUGACUGGCUUCGAGCGAUCUUGGCCACAAAUCGGGCCCACGCGAAGACGCACGGCCACGCUAUGGUGCUUCGCGCGGCCUGGCCUGAGAAGGCUCAUCCGACCGAGCCGCAGCUCACAGAUUGGAUGAUCAGCGACUGUGGCAAAAAGUCCCUGCGCGUGUGCGCAAAGGUCAAUGAGCGAGAGACGUACAACUGGGAGAAGCAUCUGAUGAUGCAGGACUACCUUUUGAGUCCACAAGCUUUCACCCAUGUACUCAUGCUGGACGCAGACGCUGCGCUGAUCCAGCCGCAGCUUAACACCUUACACCGAAUCGCCGACAUCUUGGACCGGAAGGGCAAAGAUCUCUUCCUGACCAACGAGGACUGGUUGGACCAGAAUGGCGAGGCGCGCAUCAACGGCGGGUUGAUGCUGGCGAAAAACACGCAGUUUACGCAGAACUUGUUCCAAGACACCUUCGAUGCCCACGUGGCCGGGUACAAGCUGCUGAAGAAGGCCCGCAUCGGCACGCCCGUGAUCCGGUGCACCAGCAACGAGCAGAUCUGUCUCAAUGACCUGUACUAUGGCGACACUCAGCAUUUCACUUCAAAGGUCAUCAUGGCCAGUGGGAAGAAAUACAACCGCGGAGCCGAGAGAGGUGGCGAGGCCCACAUCACCGACGAGACCACCGAGAUCAUGCAUUGGAUGGGCGGCGCAAAGGCCACAGCCGGCCAGGCGCUUUGCCGAGGACAGCGGGACUUGACCUUCGAAGGGCCAGACGGAUACGGCUGCAAAAUGGAUGCGACAUCUUAUCGCUUGAUCGAGGAGGUGAUCAAGACCACGAAGGAAUCCGGCGCCAUCCGUCAUGGUGCAGAGUGCUUCAACUUCUACUUUCCGCAGGAGUUGGACACCAACUUCCUCGUUGUGUGGGAAGGCUUCCAUGAUAUCGACGGCAAGCCCUGGGCCUACAUGGAUGAGGACGAGCUCCGCGACUUCCUCACAGAGCGUGUCGAGGAGAACUACGCCCUGCCUCUGAAUCCGAUUUGGUGUGUUCGGGACCUCGGCUGGUUCGACAUACUGGAGCAUCAAAUUGAGAACCAGAGCUGCAAAGCAGCGCUGGAGGCCUGGUACCCAGAGCAGUCCGGCAUUCUUGAGAAGAUAAAGGCACUGCACGAGGAGUUCACAGAGGGCCUCGAGCUGAAAGCAAGCGCGGACAACGCGCGGCCUCUGGUCCGGACUUUGUCGCAUUGCCCUGACCUGGACAUGUCGGAGAAGGCCAUGCUGGCCAUUUCACAGGCGUCCUCUGCGGGGAGUAGGAUCCUCGUCUUCGGCGCCACCGGCAAGCAGGGUGGUGCCGUCAUCCGCGAGAUCCUGUCUGCCUUCGGCAGUACGGCCACUGUCUAUGCGGUGACCCGCGGCUCUUCCUCCCCAGCUGCUCAGAAGCUGGAGCAGCAAGGUGUCAAGCUCGUGAUCGGCGAUAUGGAGGACUCGCGCCCGGACUCCCCUCUGAAGGCCGCGAUUGCCGAGGCAAAGCCCACACACGUCUUUCUCAUGUCGAACGAGAAGGCGGCCAUGUUCUCGAAGGGCAGCGGCUGCAGUCAGGAGCUCGCGGCGGCAAACCGCAUGCUUGACUUCCUGGAGGCGUGCGGAACUGUGGAGUACGUGGUUAUGAGCUCGGUCGCUGGCUGCCACCAGGGGGCCCAAUAUUCGAUGCCGAACUUCAAGGUGAAGGAAGACAUCGAAGCCGCCCUGCAGAGCCGGUCGUCCCUGAAGUGGACGGUGCUUCGCCUGGUUACGCUCAUGGACAACUUUGUGGACAAAGAGUAUGGCGGAGCGACGAAGACAAGUGUCACGGGCUUGGCUAACAAUUCCACGAUGGAGAUGUGGUACGUGAGCUGCAGGGACUUGGGAGUGGCAGUGGCGACAUGUUUCGCCAAGCCCGACUUCGUCGGAAAGACCAUCAACCUUGCGAGCCAAAAGCUCAGCGGUGAAGAGAUCGCCUCGGUCUACGCCAAGGUGAUUAAGACAGAUGCCAAGGUGAAGUACACGCCAGUGAUGGGACCCUGCCUCAUGAGCAUGGGGUUCUUGAUGCCAGACUUCGUGGCGAUGCACAGGUACUGGGAGAAGGUUGGCUAUCCCAUCGAAGAGAGCGACCAGGAAGCCUUCAAAGCUCUGGUGCCUGAGCCCUGGACAAUCGAAGACUACUUCACGAGCCUUGGCGACAGAAUCCCAAUGUGA